GGAUGAUGCAUUGACAGCGAAGCAAACACCGGCUGAUGGUCAAAUGCCACCAUCCAUGAGUACCAUCCGUGUGUAGAUGACAUGCAUUCAUCGGAUUGAUGAGGGUCAUCAGCACGAAACGAACUGAAGCGGCCGUCCACAAUCAAUGCUCUCGCACAGCCCUCGCCCCCUCCCCUCUCCAAGUGACACUCACGCAAUGCCGCAGACUAUCUGGCAGGCAAGCAAUCACAGCGAGGAAAGACAUAAAAGGCGGAAGUGACUAUAUCACUGGUUCACCGCGGCAAUCUCAGCACGUGCAUUCUCAUCGAUGCCGGCACGCUCGAGAAUCUCCUGCAAGAGCACCGAUUUGUCGGCCACGUACCCGGCCAUGUUGUCGUAGUAGCGCAGGGCGAGGCUGAGUUUCAGUUCGCCGUACCGUCGCCGCAGCUCGGGAUCGUCACGAAGGGCAUCCCUCACCGCGAGAUGGUUGCGCAAGGCGAGGCACCCGUCGAUCACCACAUAAACGUUUCGCCGCGGCUCGUUGUCGAAGCAGCGCAUCGCGUGUCGGUCGGGAAUGCCCAACUCUCCCUCAUACAGGUAGCCGUGGGCUUCAAGCGCCGCGAUGGCUGCGGCCAGCUGGCCGCGUCUGACAACCACAUCGACGUCUAUCACCGGUUUGGCUGGGAGGUCAACAACCGCUGUGCUGCCGACGUGCUCGAUGCCCACAAUGUCGACGCCAGUCAGUGCGGACUCGAGUUGAGUGCGGAUGAGAGCGAACCGCUGCUGCCAAGCGGCGUUGUAAGGCUCGACUUGGACUCUCAUGAACGGACAGCGCAAUUGGGACAGCGGGUGACUCGGCGACCGACAAUGCCGUGCGUCCAAUCGGGGAGCACGAAGCUGAUGACACAAACAAACAGGACACAGCAACAAAUCGUUUCUUUCAGGCAGAUCUGGCUUUCGUG